AUGGGGCAGGUGACUAGCCGCUGCAUGGAAAGACUGCCUAAGAUUUGCCAAAGAAAGGAUACAGGAAACAUCGCGGACACUCAGGCUUUUCAGUGCAGAUCUGCAGCCUCGGAGGGUGAGAUCACGGUCGAGAGAGGGAAGACGUCAUCAACUAAUUCAGCGGUGUUAGCAAGAGACGAUGACGACAUUACAGAAACUACACCCUUCCCGAUUGACCGGAUAAAGGCGCCAGCGGGACAGAGAUCAGACGGAUCUUGCGGUGCAACGUCCUCCACUCCAAGACACUUACGUGGCCUGGCUCAGCCGUUGCAGAGAAUCGAAGUUACUUCUGGCCGUUUCGUGUACAACUUGGACCUCCACGGCGAGUUGGCAAUAGGGCAGAACCUUAGAAGCUAUUUUCAGACUUGCAGUGAACAUCGAAAACUGCAGGUGACCACUUCUUGUUUCGCAGCUUGGCGCAAAAACAAGAAAGUGAACGGCUUUGCAAAGAUCAUCCCUGUUGCAAAGGAAGGCAGCUGGUCAGAGCUCAAAGAGCUGGAUGACAUCAGGCCAUUUCGGGUGUUCUUUUUUGACGACAACCUGGAGUUUGGUGGCAAGGAAACUAGUCCUGGCAUAUGCAACCUGAGAGACUUGGCAACAGGCCAUUUCGUAGAGUUUGCAGAGGGCCAAAAUGACUUUGUUCAAGAGCGCUUCGCACGACAUACCAUCGUGCAGCAUAGCAAAUUAUGGCGAGCAGUACUUGUCAAAGCCAACAUCUUAGAUGCGAUGGAAGACAAGGAGUAUUUCGCAAGCCUCAUAGCCAAAUUUGCAGAGCCAUCCGACACGCUGGUAGUCUUCAUGGAUGUCAACGCAACCAUAGCUUGCAAUGACACCGUGCAAGGUAAGGAUCUUGCGGUUACUCUGCUGGGCACAAUGUUCGAACUAAUGGAACUCAGGCCGAAGCCACCAGGUUUCAGUCUGAAGUGGGCAGGUCUCAACGAGAUUCAUGUCGAAAAGGUCAAGACGCUCAAAGCGCUUAUCAAAGACAUGACUGCAGAUGAUCAUGAGGCAUAUACGAAAUUCUGGCGAGAGGGCAACUGCUGGUCUUUCCUAUCUCAUGUCCUGCAGCAUGGAGAAGUUCGAUGGGUCACCGGUACAGAACCAAUGACACUCGAAGCGGUAAAGGAUCUCUUUAGCUCCUACAUGCGCACGGUUCCCUCCGCCGUGGACAAAGAUGGCAUCACAAACAGCUGGUUCCAUGUGUAUGCAAACAUGCUGAAAGAUAGACACGCUACAAUUUUGAACUCUUUCGGUGUGGACACCAGAAAAGUGACGAUGGCCACUGUCAGUGACGAGAUGGACGUGCUUCAUAUAGCAAUAAAUCAUGACAUGUGGGAUGAACGAGAUGUCAAGAAGUAUUCUGACCAGUUUCAGUAG